UAUUGCUUGCUCGCUCGCGAAAAAGGACGCCGCAAGACUUGUAUUGUAUUAAAAGAUAUAAUUUAAUGCGUAUUUGUUACAAGAAAAGAGUUUAAAAUGGCUCGGAAUAAGUCGCCUACUGCGACAUCGGAUAAGGAUAAAAAGAAGCCAAAGGAGGCAAAAAAGAAGAAAGGAGACUCGGGAUCAAGUAGUAGCGAUACCAGUGGCAGCUCAUCGGAGAGCAGUUCGUCGCGGUCUUCGUCGCGCUCGUCGUCAAGCAGCUCGGGCAGCUCAUCGCGCUCGUCGUCGUCGUCCAGCUCGUCCAGCUCCAGCAGCAGCAACAACGAUCGCUCCAGGUUGAAGAAGAAGCUAUCUCCACACAAAAGUCCACUCAAGGAUCGCCGUGGGGAACCUGACAAGGACAGGGAAAAGCUAAGGGAUCGCUCACCAUUGAAUGACAAAAAGAAAAUAUCAGCGCCAUCUAAUGAUGCCAAGAGCAAGGACAAACAUGAAAGGUCUCCGGGCAGAAAAAAACGUGAACGCUCACCGCCACCACGCCCUACACGUAUACACAUCGGUCGUCUAACGCUAAAUGUAACAAGAGACCAUAUACAUGAAAUAUUUUCAACUUACGGCACAGUGAAAACUGUCGAGUUCCCUAUGGACAGACUGCAUCCUCAUAAUGGACGUGGACAUGCAUAUGUGGAGUUCACCAAUCCGGAUGAAGCAGAAAAUGCCAUGAAGCACAUGGAUGGAGGUCAAAUCGACGGGCAGGAGAUCACGGCGGCGCCCGUGCUGGUGCCGUCGCGGCCGCGCCGGCCGUCGCCGCGCCCGCCGCCGCCGCGACACGCGCCGCCUCGUCGCCACUCGCCGCCACGGUACCGGCGGCGCAGCCCGCCGCCGCGCCGCCGCUCGCCGCCGCGCCGCCGCCGCUCGCGCUCGCGCUCCCCGCGCGCCGCGCCGCGCCGCCGCAGGUCCAGGUCCUCCUCCUCCUCUUCCCGCUAAGCCCCCGCCGCACACGCUACACGCUACACCUCACGCACUCACGCUCACACACAUACACGUUAUACGUUACACGUUCCGGAAACCACGGGAGGUAAGUAUGACCGACCCCCGUUUCCUAAACUUAGUACUUAGCGCUUUGGCCAGGUGAGUAUACUUUUGUAGAGGAUGAUGACUGGGUAAUGAAAUCGAAAUUCUAUUUAGCGUCAGACAGACAAUAAAAAAAUAUUGGACACGUAUUUUUUAUUUUAUUUUUCAUAAUCGAAUAAUUAUUACAGAAUUUUAUAUUGAGUUGAAAUGUCGCGUGACGUCACUUCUAAGUAAAAAAUCUACAUAGGCGUGACGUAACGCGCCAUUUCAACUCGAUGUAGCACUGUUAUUAUUUAAUUAUAAAAAAAAAUACGAGUUUAAUAUUUUCGAAUUAGGUAUCUGUCUAACGGACAGAAAAUUGAAAUUUUGUCAUCUAGCCUAACCCGAAUACCGUGAUCUAACGAGAUGUUUCUUGUUAUAAAAGCUUGCAAAACGGGAACUGAGUGGUGCGGAGUGACGCGGACGCGAGUCCGGCGAUAGACCGAACAGUGAAGUGCUUUGUAAACGUCACACGAUUCCAUUUGUAGUCUUAUGGACACUGACUUUGUUAAUAAAUAAUUGUAAUGAGAA